AUGUCGUCCGGCCUGAAAUCAGCACGAUACCUUGCUGCUUCCCUAACCAGACCCUUGCCACUAAAAGGACGCCGACAUGAUGCUCAGGCUUUGUUGGCCAUCCCUUGUAGAAGGACUACCUGUAGUAGCUCGGCGGCCGCUGCUUCGGUCGCCGAAGAGGUUAGGCACGCCGAGGCCAGCUACAAGAUCGUGGACCGCGCCGCCGACUUUGCAGAGAAGCAGGCCCGCCGGCCAGACUUUGACCACGCUGGCACGCCCAUCGAGGUGACGAAGCAGCCCAACCCCGGCUGGCAGUACGGCGACGGCGCGCGCGACUACGACCCCUCGUGGACGCACACAGAGCACCGUCUCGGCCGACGGCCGCACCAAGAACCUGGCGCCCUUUAG